AUGUUGAUCCCACUCGCUCCGUCUGAGCAUCCUAACCAGCUUCUGCGGAAGCUAGGCGCCGACCAUAACCCAGACCUUCCCGUUAGCUUUGCCUUCGGGCUGGUCGGCCUACAGCGAGGCUGGAAGCCAGGUUCUAAGACUUGGAAGAAAAAUUGGAAUUCCUGUAUGAACAGCGAGUAUGACCGGCUCAUCGGCUGCCGUGUGAGUAGCCUAGUCACCUGGCAGGAGCUGUGCACCAAAGUGGGCAUCAAUGAUUCCUUCACGUCCAUUACCCAGUGUAAGAAGGCACUGGCUCGUGUCCAUGUGAACAUCGUUGACCUCCUGGAUUGCUGGAAUUCCGAUUCCACUCCAAUUCGCUUUAAGACCAAGGGAGCUCUCGCUGCAUACACCAAGGCCAACAACAUGUUCUUCAGUCGACACAUCGCUAAGCAGGAUAAGGUACUCCAUGUUCUGCUCCGUAAGCUGCUUUAA